AUGCAACCACUGAAUCUCUCUGCAACCUUGAUUCUGUAUUUGUUCUGUCUUUUUCAACUGGCGUCCGCUUGGCCCGUGAAUAAUUUUCUGAUGGCCGGACCAAAGGCCUAUCUGACCUAUGCUAACAGUGUGCAAGUGGGCGCACAGAAUGGGAUACAAGAGUGUAAACGCCAGUUCGCUUUGGAGAAAUGGAACUGUCCAGAGAACACGCUUCCGUUGUCCCCACAUAACAGCCUGCGGAGUGCGACAAGGGAGACGUCUUUUGUUCAUGCCAUCAGCGCUGCGGGAGUGAUGUACACGCUCACCAAGAAUUGUACUGCGGGGGACAUCGACAACUGCGGCUGCGAUGACUCGAGAAUUGGACAGCCAGGCGGUACAGGAUGGAUUUGGGGAGGAUGCAGUGACAAUGUGGCGUUUGGGGAGAAGAUUUCCAAACAGUUUGUGGACGCUCUGGAAGAUGGGCAUGAUUCGCGCGCAGCGGUUAACUUGCAUAACAACGAGGCAGGCAGACUGGCCAUCAAAGUUACCAUGCGGAAAGCCUGCAAGUGUCACGGAGUGUCUGGAAGCUGCACCAUCCAAACCUGCUGGAUGCAGAUGGCCGAUUUCAGAGAGGUAGGCAACUACUUGAAGAUGAAGUACAAACACGCAAAGAAACUGGAAAUGGACAAGAAGGCGGUGAGAGCAGGUAACAGCGCGGACAACAGAGAAGCCGUGACACACACUGUUUUGAGCAUUGCUGGAACGGAGCUCAUUUACCUGGAAAGUUCUCCAAAUUACUGUGUCAAGAACCAAAGCCUGGGAUUACACGGUACAGAGGGACGAGAGUGCUUUAAGGAGGACAAGAACAUGUCCCAGUGGGAGAGAAAUAGCUGCCGCAGGUUGUGCAAUGAAUGCGGCCUCAGAGUCGUGAAGAAGCUCACAGAGGUUUUCACCAGCUGCAACUGCAAAUUUCACUGGUGCUGCACAGUCAAGUGUGAAAAAUGCAAGAGAGUAGUAGCUAAAUAUUACUGUGCACAGAAAAGCAGGAGGAAGAAGAAUAAAGGAGCGAAGCGGAGGAACAAAGCGGACCAACAAUGA